UUUUCUUUUGCAGCUUUUUAUACCCUCUAUUUUACUGUAAAUGUCAACCACAUCUAUUCGUUUUCGCCAUCAUUUAGAGUCUCAAUCCAACGGCCAUAACAAUUACAAAAGUACUGCAUUGACGUCACAUGGUUUAUUUGAUCAAUUAUCCAAUUGGGCUAAUAUGUGGGUCUCAUCAUCGGCUUCUACAGCGAAUCAUCAACUGAAAGUGAGAGAUCCCGAUAUCUACAGCACUAGAAAACAGUACUCUGUUAUUAUACCUCGUAAAAGAAAAAUCAACCAUAAUAUUGAUAUUGACGUUAGUAGAGAAACUGAUGUCCGCACCAGAACAAACUACUAUCAUGCAACAACGAUGCAUCGGCAACAUCGAACACAGGUGCCUAAUACCAAUAAUACAGCUUAUAACAAAUCUGACAUGUUGAGAGUAUAUAAUUGCACAAUCCAGAAGCUUCAAGCACAACAGAGAAAGCGGCAAUAUAAAUCAGCUAGACCAACAUUAAGUAACCUGAUCCAUAUUAGGCACGUUUGGGAUCAAAUAGAGCGGCUAAUAAUCUCCAAAUCAAAUACAAAUGAUGAGUCAGCUACGUCUAAUAUACCAUAUCUUUCACCAGCUAAACGAUUUCCAAUGUAUACUGAUAAAGUCUACCUUCUGACCCAUAAAAAACUGUCAGUUUCAUCCUCAUCUAUAACAGCAACAGCAGUUUCAACAAAGCAGAAAAUUCGUGCAUCUUUUGCUCUAUCUACUCUGGUUUAUACCACGGCGACACAUCAAAAUGAUAUAACGCUCGAGAUUCUAUAUUCAGCAAUAUUAUAAGAACAUGCAUUGCAAGCGAGGUUUGCUUUUCCCUAGGACAACUACUGGAUCGACUCCUAUUGACAAUGUUGAUGAUGAUGACGAUGAUAUUCCGCUUGGAACCUUACAAUAUAUUUGCUAGUAAUUUAAUUAAUGACCAUAUUCAUAGUGUUGCUUGUGGGGUGAGAAGCGAGAACCCGGAUUUAAAGUUACAGGCUUAAUGGCUUUUGCGCCGGCAUCUCCUCUACAACCCGUUUAACCCUAUAUAAGCCCACAUGUCCUAUGUUUCAAUAUAAUUAAUCUACAGAAAUCGCUGGAACGAUUUGAAAAAAUUAUGGGAUACUAAAUGAAUAAAA